UUUCUGUACAAAAAAUAAUUAUUACAUAUUGUGUGAAAAUGUCGGAAGAAAUACCCAGUAAAAAAUUAAAAACUGAAGAGAAUGAUGCUGAAAUAAAAUCAGAAGAUUUGAUGAGCAUUGCUUGUGUAAAUGAAGAGAAUUCCAAAGAGACAACUAAUUUGCCCACAUCUAAUACAGUUGCUGUAGUGCCAGAACCACGACCAAAACUAACUUUUAAAAAUCCCAAAUUUAGUUAUAUUGAGCCAGGAGGUAAAAAAUUUAUUUGGAAAUCGCUUAAACAAAUAGUAACGCAAGAAAAAUCAUUGCCAUGGCCUGAAGAUGUGGUUUUGUAUAAUUCCCUUAAUGCUCCUCCGUCUUUAAAACCUGCUAAAAAAUAUUCAGAUAUUUCCGGCUUAGAAGCCCCAUACACAGAUCCACAAACCAAGUUACAUUAUCACAAUGCUGAAGAAUUCCGUAUUAUAAGAACCUUGCCAUCGGACAUCAUUCAGGGUUAUUUAGCUUUAAGAGGCGCCACAAAUAUCGUGGGCUAAUGUCAGCAUUAUUUUAAGGAUAUACAAAAUUAUUUAUUAGUUAAAAUGUUUUACAUUCAUUCGAAAUCGAUAUAACAAUAUAUUUUUUUUUAUAAUUGA